AUAUCUGAGUAUUUUAACGAACAAAUACAAUCAGUUCAUAGUUGUGUAAGUACUCGGUCAUUGCUCCGAUCCGGACAAUGAGAGAGAGUGGAUUAUUCGGCACAGAUUGUGCUGAUUUCGAUUUUGGAUCCCGGCCAUGAAAAUCAGCAUUUCAAGUCGUUGAUUGGAUAAUAUUAAUAAUCUAUAAAACACCGCGAUAGCCAUAUUGAAGGUUAUCUUGGAAAAACAGAUAGCAACACGCUGUAAAAUAUCUAAAAAGGUCACCGACUCGGCAGCCAUCGUUAAAACCGAGUUUGUAUAGGAAGGUACCGUAUUGUUUCCAUCACACCAAUUAAACGUUUUUGAGUGGAAACUGUCGUGUAAACCAUCGUCCUCUAAUCUCACGUGUGUCGAUAUUGUUUAAAUGUUAACCGCAAAGCGUGGCUUGCUGAAUUCCCGCUUCACAAACAAUUUUCUGUCAGCGUUCAAAAAGAUCCACAACAAUAAACUUGCAAAAACAAUGGACGAACAACCGGAGUACGUGCAGGCAAGCUUGAAAAAAAUAGCAACCGAGCAGGGUUUCACCGAGGGACGCUAUCGGAUCGCAUUGGAACCCGGUUGCAACAAGGGCGAUGGUAUCAUGGGAAAGCUAUGUAGGGCGCUUAUCCGCGAGGAAGGCCGCGAACAAAUGGUCGUGCUGGUGAAAGGCCUUCCGGACAGUGAGCUUCGCCGGCAGCAAACCAUGAGGUUGUACCACCGGGAGGUUAUGGUUUACGAUAAGCUACUGCCGGCACUGGACAAAUUUCAAGCCGAAAAGGGCACCGGAAGCGGGAAAGAUGACGGAUUCUUUCGUGCUCCGAAGUGUUACUAUGCCACCUGUAAUCUGGAAAAGUUAGAAGCUGUAGUUAUCAUGGAGGAUCUGAGGGAGAGUAACUUUCGCAUGUUGAAUAAGUUUGAACCAGUUGAUUUCCCACAUUGUCGCCUGGUAAUGGAGCAAUUGGGCAAACUGCAUGCUGUUUCGUUUGCAAUGAAAGAUCAACAACCGGAACUGUUUGCCCAGUUUAGGACGUUCAACGAUCCCAUGAAGAUGUUGCUCGAUAUGGAUCCUAAGAGGACAAUAGAUAAAGUUUUUAUUGAAACGCACGAACGAGCGUCCGGAAUUUUGACCGAGGAGGACGUCGAAGCGAAAGAAGCAAUGGAACGGUUGAAGGGGAAUGUAACGGAUCAAUACGUGGCGUGCGUAAACGCGGAAGAUGCAGAACCGUACGCGGUGAUAGGACACGGAGACUGCUGGGUCAACAAUACGAUGUUUAAAUACGACGGAAAGGAUCCAACCCCAACUGACAUCCGGCUAAUCGACUGGCAGCUCUGUCGCUACGUUUGCCCCAUUUUGGACCUAUCCUACUUUCUCUUCAUUAGCACCGAUGAAAAGAUACGUGCAAAACACUUCGAGCAACUGCAGGACACCUACUACAAUUCGUUGAGCGAGCAACUUGCCCGAUUGGGUGGCGAUGUGAAGCGUCAAUAUCCUCGGGACGUAUAUCAGGCUCAGUGGCAAAAAUACGGACGCUUCGGAAUGUUGAUGGGAUUCAUAGUAGUGCCUAUGAUGUGUACGGCCAGCGAGGAUUUGCCGGAUCAGGAUGAGUACAUGAGAAGACUCGAAACAGAAGAACACGUCAAGUACGACUUCGGAACCGAAGCGAAUGCGUUCGAACGGUACCGAAAGCGAAUGGCCGGGAUAAUAAGAGAUGUCGUUAGGUUGGGUUACCUGUAGAUACGGCUUAUUGAGGGGGAGAUAGUUCUAAAAAAUUCUUAUAUGUGCUGCGGCAAAUGUGUAAUGUUAAAAAAAAGUUAUGUGAGCUAAAUUAUUUUUAAAAAUUCAGACCAACCAAUUCAUACAUAGAUCGAAACUCAAGGUAAAUUUUAGAAAAUUGAUUUUUAGUUUUGAAAAAAAUAAAUUCAUAGAUCAAAUUAAAA